ACCCUGCCUUUCAGACCUGGGGGAGCCAGAGGUGUGUGUAGAGGACAGGUGUGUUUAGAGGACAGGUGUGUGUAGCGUUCAGUACACCAUUCUGACAGAGAGGUACAUCCACCCGUGAGUGGAUCAGGACUAAGGAUCGUAGAGAGAGAGAAAGAUACCUGGACCUAGACGAUCAUCAUCAUGACCAUAACCAGCAUUAGCCGCUCCUGCAUCUCUGGGCUAAUCAUCUGCCUGUUUAUCACUGCUGUUUCUGCUAGCAGUACCCCAAUGGCAUCAACAGAAACCUCUGAAAUUACAGAACAACUUUCAACUACAGAAAUCCCUGCAACUGCUACAGAAAAUCCAAGUACUACUGAUGCUGGACUUACAGCCAAAACAGGUACCACUGAUGCUGGACUUACACCCGAAACAGGUACCACUGAUGCUGGACUUACAGGCGAAACAGGUACGACUGAUGCUGGAAGUACAGCCGAAACAAGUUCGACUGAUGCUGGACCUACAGCCGAAACAGGUACCACUGAAGCCGGACCCAUCACCGAAACAGGUACCACUGAUUCCGGACCUACAGCCAAUCCAGGUACCACUGAUUCCGGACCUACAGCCGAAACAGGUACCACUGAUUCCGGACCUACAGCCAAUCCAGAUACAACUGAUGCUGGUAAUACAGCCGAACCAGGUACCACUGAAGCCGGACCCUUCACCGAAACAGGUACCACUGAAGCCGGACCCAUCACCGAAACAGGUACCACUGAUUCCGGACCUACAGCCAAUCCAGGUACCACUGAUUCCGGACCUACAGCCGAAACAGGUACCACUGAUUCCGGACCUACAGCCAAUCCAGAUACAACUGAUGCUGGUAAUACAGCCGAACCAGGUACCACUGAAGCCGGACCCUUCACCGAAACAGGUACCACUGAAGCCGGACCCAUCACCGAAACAGGUACCACUGAUUCCGGACCUACAGCCAAUCCAGGUACCACUGAUUCCGGACCUACAGCCGAAACAGGUACCACUGAUUCCGGACCUACAGCCAAUCCAGAUACAACUGAUGCUGGUAAUACAGCCGAACCAGGUACCACUGAUUCCGGACCUACAGCCAAAACAGGUACUACUGAUGCUGGUAAUACUGCCGAACCAGGUACAACUGAUGCUGGUAAUACAGCCGAACCAGGUACAACUGAUGCUGGUAAUACAGCCGAACCAGGUACCACUGAUGCUGGAGCUACAGCCAAUCCAGGUACAACUGAUGCUGGUAAUACUGCCGAACCCAUCACCGAAACAGGUACCACUGAAGCCGGACCCAUCACCGAAACAGGUACCACUGAAGUCGGACCCAUCACCGAAACAGGUACCACUGAAGUCGGACCCAUCACCGAAACAGGUACCACUGAAGCCGGACCCAUCACCGAAACAGGUACCACUGAAGCCGGACCCAUCACCGGAACAGGUACCACUGACGCCGGACCCAUCACCGGAACAGGUACCACUGACGCCGGACCCAUCACCGAAACAGGCACCACUGACACUGGGCCCAUCACCGAAACAGGUACCACUGACGCCGGACCCAUCACCGAAACAGGUACCACUGAAGCCGGACCCAUCACCGAAACAGGUACCACUGAAGCCAGACCCAUCACCGAAACAGGUACCACUGAAGCCGGACCCAUCACCGAAACAGGUACCACUGAAGCCGGACCCUUCACCGAAACAGGUACCACUGAAGCCGGACCCAUCACCGAAACAGGUACCACUGAUUCCGGACCUACAGCCAAUCCAGGUACCACUGAUUCCGGACCUACAGCCGAAACAGGUACCACUGAUUCCGGACCUACAGCCAAUCCAGAUACAACUGAUGCUGGUAAUACAGCCGAACCAGGUACCACUGAUUCCGGACCUACAGCCAAAACAGGUACUACUGAUGCUGGUAAUACUGCCGAACCAGGUACAACUGAUGCUGGUAAUACAGCCGAACCAGAUACAACUGAUGCUGGUAAUACAGCCGAACCAGGUACCACUGAUGCUGGAGCUACAGCCAAUCCAGGUACAACUGAUGCUGGUAAUACUGCCGAACCAGGUACAACUGAUGCUGGUAAUACAGCCGAACCAGGUACAACUGAUGCUGUUAAUACAGCCGAACCAGGUACAACUGAUGCUGGUAAUACAGCCGAACCAGGUACCACUGAUGCUGGAGCUACAGCCAAUCCAGGUACAACUGAUGCUGGUAAUACUGCAGAACCAGGUACAACUGAUGCUGGUAAUACAGCCGAACCAGGUACCACUGAUGCUGGAGCUACAGCCAAUCCAGGUACAACUGAUGCUGGUAAUACUGCCGAACCAGGUACAACUGAUGCUGGUAAUACAGCCGAACCAGGUACCACUGAUGCUGGACCUACAGCCAAUCCAGGUACAACUGAUGCUGGUAAUACUGCCGAACCAGGUACAACUGAUGCUGGUAAUACAGCCGAACCAGGUACCACUGAUGCUGGAGCUACAGCCAAUCCAGGUACCACUGACGCCGGACCUACAGCCGAAACAGGUACUACUGAUGCUGGUAAUACAGCCGAACCAGGUACAACUGAUGCUGGAGCUACAGCCAAUCCAGGUACCACUGAUUCCGGACCUACAGCCGAAACAGGUACCACUGAUGCCGGACCUACAGCCGAAAUAGGUACCACUGAUGCCGGACCUACAGCCGAAACAGGUACUACUGAUGCUGGCAAUACUGCCGAACCAGGUACCACUGAUGCUGGAGCUACAGCCGAAACAGGUACGACUGAUUCCGGACCUACAACCGAAACAGGUACCACUGAUGCCAGACCUACAGCCGAAACAGGUACCACUGAUGCCGGAACUACAGCCAAACCAGAUACUACCGAUGCUGGAACUACAGCCAAACCAGAUACUACGGGUGCUGGAACUACAGCCAAACCAGAUACUACCGAUGCUGGAACUACAGCGAAACCAGAUACUACUGAUGCUGGAACUACAGCCAAACCAGGAAUUACCGAUGCUGGAACUACAGCCAAACCAGGAACUACCGAUGCUGGAACUACAGCCAAACCAGGUACUACUGAUGCUGGAACUACAGCCAAACCAGGUACUACUGAUGCUGGAACUACAGCUGAACCAUCUUUGCCAAGUACAACUUCUUCUACUAUUGCAACCACCGCUACGCCACCAAUUGAGUGUGAGAACGGAGGUACACCUGAAGGACAGUCUUGCAACUGUCCUCCUGACUUCCACGGGGAGACCUGCAGAGAUUUUAAAACUGACAUAGUGCCAGGUACGCUCAAUAGGACAGCGGUGGUUAAUAAUAUGGAAACUAAUUCCCCGUACAUAGAAAAAUAUAACGACAAAACUUCAACUGAAUACACAGACAAGGUCAAGAAUUUCACAACAGAGAUGGAGGAAUACUACAGGAGUAAAGGGAUACAGAAUUUCACAGUGGAAAACGUAACUCUGAGUAAGGGGUCAGCUAUAACCAUACGCUUGGGACGUGGUAUAGAGGAGAAAAGGAUGGAAAACUCCUUGUACAACUCCAAGGCAGUAUCAUAUCGUGUGAAGGUCGAACACAAUAUCAUUCUGACGGUUCUGAAUGAACCAGGAGCUGAGCAACAGUACAAGAACUUCGUAGACGACGUUAAUUUAGCUUUGGGGAAUAUUACAUCGUGUUCAGCUCUUCGCUCAGGAUGUCCUACGUUUACUGUUGAGUCAGUGGAUGAACUACAAGAAAUGCCACUUGAUGAGAAAGCUGUAUGUCAGAAAACAAUCAACCUUGAUUUUGUUAAAUACUUUGAGCCUUACAUUAAAGACGGGAAGUUGCUCUGUUUGACGGCAUGUGACCCCAGACAUAAUAACACUAAAAACUGCAACAGCGGUAUCUGUGAAGUAACCAGAGCCGGACUGUCAUGCAACUGUAAAAACACAAACUCAAUCUGGUACCUGGCUGACUGUAACCACCCGAUCCACAAGGCUGGGUUAUAUGCCGGAAUCAGUAUAACUGCCGGGGUUGUCCUGGUGAUAUUUGGUGUCCUGAUAGUGUUCCUGGUGGUGAACAAGAAAAAGGAAAAGAGGAAUAAAGACACUAAGCAGGAGAUGGUAAACCAGUGGCUUGAGGAUGACUUUGAAUGGCCCACACCCAACACCAGGUCCACCACAACACCUCACCCAGGAACGUACGAUAACCCAGCAUACACCAACGGGGUGUCAAAUAUCUACCAACACUCAAGCGGUCCUCUUCCAACCUACAACCCCAACCCACAGUCGAGCGAAAGAUACCCUCCACCAUACUACCCCUCAGAGCCCCACAACCAAAUGCACAACUUCCCAAGCAACCAGCCUGUAAGGAUCAACAGACCGCAGAUCAGAACAUCUUAUGACUUGUAGCAUCCUCUUACUCACAAGAAAAUGUGCCUACAGAUGCUAAUUUGAGUCAGUACAUUCCUAAAGAAAAUAUUGCACUUUUUACUCCAUACAUUUUCCCUGACAAUCAAAAGUACUCAUUACGUUUUGAAUGCUUAGCAGGACAGGAAAAUAGUCCAAUUCAAGCACUUUUCAGGAGAACACGUGGCCAUCCCUACUGCCUCUGGCCUGGUGGACUCAGUAAGCACAAAUGCAUCUUUUGUAAAUAAUCUCUGAGUGUUGGAGCAUGCCCUUGGCUCUCCUUACAUUUUGAAAAAAAUCUCCCCCUGAAAAGACCUCCUGAAAAUCAGUACAACUCAAAACAAACUUCCUUUAAAAAAAAGAUUGGGGGGUGCUCUCUGUUUUUCCAUGUGUGAAUCUAUGAUUCAAUGCAUUUCUUUGACCUAAUAGCAGUAAUGCCAAAUUCAAUGUUUCAUCAAAUCAUUUGGGGACUCUAGAGGUUUAAUGCUGCUAAUUAUUUUGUUCUGAAAUGACAGGGUGAUCAAAUUAAGACCCUACAUCUGUCUGAACAAAUUGAAUGUAAAUGUGUUAAAUACACAUAGGAUUGCUUGUUUAUGGAGGCCGGAUGAGCUGCGGUGUCUCUGCCUAUGUUGUCCAAGUAUGUAUAGCAUAUGUUCUCCCAGGAGGGCUUUGCCCAUGAGAAGAUACCCACAGUAUGAGACCACUGGUGUCCAGCUCAGGAUGCCUGAAACAUAUAGGAUUAAAACAGCUAUUGUAUUUAUACUCAUAAUAGAAUAUUUAUUCAUUUUGACAGUGGAUCAAAUAUAAUUUUAUUGCACUUUAAGAUUGAAUUCAUCAAUGUGCACUUGAUCGUUCUAUGUCUAGCAAUAGUUAUGGAGGGUUAUAAGUAGUAUAGCUUUUAUUUAUUUAUUUGUCUUUGUUUACUUGUUAUUGUAUAUUAGCUCUGUAUAACACUGUAUGCGGUCUGCCAAACAAUUUGUAUCACUGUUAAUACUGUUAUGUAAAUUGUAAUCAGAAAUUGAUAACUAUGAUUUUUGUUAUCAAGAAAUAAAAUAGUUUCUGAAAAUGU